GAAUGCUAAUGAAUGGAGACACAAGAGAAAAGAAGACAUCCAAACCCCACCAAACAGUUAUCCACUACUGUUGGAGCCCCAUGAAUUACGAUCAUCAUCCUGCUGCUGCUGCUUCUCAUCUCUCUGUUUGUUCUUUCUGCUUCCAGAGUCGCCCCUAAUCGUCUGGAACCCGUUCCUUUCUCUCGCUAACUUCCAAUACAUUUCCUUCUCUCGUCGCCCUCGUUCUUUCGCGUUGACCAUCGCCGUCGCAGUCGAAGCUGCUGAUUCCGACAAAAGAUGGAGAAAUCCGUGUUCAAUAGAGAUGAUCACCGCAAUCGAACAUUUUCCUAUUCCUAUUCUUCUCAGAGAGAUGUCUGUUACAGAAUACUGGUAUGCAAUUGAAUCGAAUCCUUGAUUUUGAGGGGUGUCAAAUGCAGUUGUUGUCGUCCAGAGAGAAAACGCAUCUGGAGGAUAAUUUAAGAGAACAACUACAAGCACUUUUAGACUUCUGCAAGUUCAUUCCUCCAGUUUGUUAGUAAUGUUGCCACCGUUGCUAAUGGAGUAUUGACCACAUGACAUUAGAAUACUGCGGUGCUUGUGGGUAUGAGCUAAAUCUGACAUCCUCCAAUCGGAACACCUCAACCAUCGGUUCUAAAUAUGGGAAGUCCAUAAAACGAGGGAUCAUAUCAUUCUUCAAUAUUGACGAAAGCAGAUUUACCCAGGUUGAUGAGAUUCAAUGCGUGCCACAUUUCUCUAAGCACUCGUGGGGUUUGUUUCGACGAAGAACAAAGCUCCUCUGUAGGAAGUGUGGCAACCAUAUUGGGAAUGCGUACGACGGUCACGGUUCAACCCUUGUUCUCGUGUCCGAUGGAACAGAGUCAUCCUUAAGCAACGAAGCAUCCCCUCACCGGAAAUAUGACAUUCGCAUUCGUGCGCUACAGCCUUCGUCUUCUGAGGAAUGUGGGGUCCCUGUUUUUGCUUGACGUUGCUGCCCAAGGUUGUUUUUGCUUCUUUCGUCCUAAUAACGCGUACAUACCGUGAACUUAGAAAAUACGUUGAGGAAGUAAAUAGUGUACGUAACGUUAAUACGUUAUGGUAAGGUUUUUGACUUCCCGUGUCCCCGGUCUCUACGGGCUGUUUGGUUGGGAAGAUGGGGGAGGGAGGGGAUGAAUUUUGCUCCUCUUAUGCUGUUUGGUUUGGAAAAUUGAAAAAGGGAGAAAGAAAAAUUUUAAAAAGUCUUCCCUCUCCUUCCCUCCAAAUUCUCCCCUCAAAAUUGGAGGGAUUGAGAGGGGAGGGGUAUAAUUUUAUUGUAUAAUGACCAAUAUGUCUCUUCUUUUGAUUACUAUUUUUCAUUUUUUUAAAUAA